AGUGAUUGUGCGCAGGAGAAGUGUGUGAGUAUUGUACUUACUUGUACUAACUUGUAAGUACACGCAUACACACACCCAUACCAAGUUCCAUUCUCAGUUUCCUACCAAUAAAAAAUAAGCACACAACCAAACAAAACCAAAACCGGAGACAAAAAAAAAAACAAAAACAUAAACCAUGCAUUCAGUUUCCGAUACUGAACUAAACUCAGCAACACCAUCGCAACAACCAAUUGAUACCGAAAUGACAGAACUACCCUCAGAACCACCACAACCCCAAAACGACGACGUAACAAUGUCACCGGAAAACCCAAACAUCACUAACCCUCAAAAUUCCUCCGAUUCUUCCUCCGAACAACAACAACAACGAGAAGAAGAAAAUCCAAUUUCAACAACAACCCAACAACAACAACAAGAUCCAAACCCUACUUUACCUCGAAAACGACGUCGUCGAAAGAAAUUCUUCACAGAAUUAACUUCAACAACUUCGCUAUCGAAGAAUCGUAAAAACGAUGUUGCUAAAGACUGUGAUGACGAAGCCCUAAUUGCAAUUUCAGUUGGGUUUCCUUCUGAUACCUUAACGGAGGAAGAAAUUGAAGCGAAUGUGGUUAGAACAAUCGGUGGUUCGGAGCAAUCGAAUUACAUAGUUGUUCGGAAUCAUAUUUUGGCGCGGUGGCGAUCAAAUGUUAAUGUUUGGUUGACUUAUGAUCGUGCUGUGAAGUCGAUUCGAUCGGAACAUAAGGGUUUGGUUGAAGUUGCUUAUAGGUUUUUGAUUGAGCAUGGUUAUAUUAAUUUUGGAUUAUCGCCGGAGAUUAAAUCGAUGAAGUUUAAAUCUUUUGAUGGAAUUGAGAGAGGGAGUGUGAUUGUUAUUGGUGCUGGGUUGGCGGGGUUGGUUGCCGCGAGACAAUUGGUGUUUUUAGGGUUUAAAGUUUGUAUUUUAGAAGGUAGGAUGAGACCGGGUGGGAGAGUUAAGACGAAAAAGAUGUUCGGCGGUGAUGGUGAUGAAGGACUUGAAGCUGCAGCUGAUUUGGGUGGUAGUGUUCUUACUGGUGUUAAUGGGAACCCUCUUGGUGUUCUUGCUAGACAAUUAGAUUUACCGCUUCAUAAGGUUAGGGAUCUUUGUCCUCUUUAUAUGCCUGAUGGGAAAUGUGUUGAUUCUGAGGUUGAUUCUAGGGUCGAGGUUUUGUUUAAUAAAUUGUUAGAGAGGGUUUGUAAGCUUAGACAGGCUAUAAUUGAAGAGGUUAAGAGUGUUGAUGCUCCUUUAGGGACAGCGUUGGAGGCGUUUCGGAGGGUUUAUAAAGUUGCUGAGGAUAAAGAAGAGAGGAUGUUGUUGAAUUGGCAUCUUGCUAAUUUGGAGUAUGCAAAUGCUACUCUUAUGUCUAAUUUGUCUAUGGCUUAUUGGGAUCAGGAUGAUCCUUAUGAGAUGGGUGGUGAUCAUUGUUUCAUUCCCGGAGGGAACGAGACAUUUGUUCGCGCAUUGGCUGAGGAUCUUCCGAUUUUCUAUGGGAGGACAGUGGAGUGUAUUAAGUAUGGAAGUGAUGGGGUGUUGGUGUGCACCGAAGGGCAGCAUUUUCGUGGGGACAUGGUGCUUUGUACUGUGCCUUUGGGGGUUCUUAAGAAGGGGUCGAUUCAGUUUAUCCCUGAUCUUCCUCAGAGGAAGAAAGAUGCAAUUCAUAGAUUAGGGUUUGGAUUGUUGAAUAAGGUAGUGAUGUUGUUUCCAACUAAUUUCUGGGGUGGGAACAUUGAUACAUUUGGUCACUUGACGGAGGACUUGAGUAUGAGGGGUGAGUUUUUUCUGUUCUAUAGCUACGCUUCCGUGUCUGGAGGCCCGCUUCUCGUGGCUCUUGUUGCCGGAGAAGCUGCUCUUAGGUUUGAGAUGAUGUCGCCGUUGGAGUCUGUCAAAAGGGUGAUGGAAGUUUUGAGGGAUAUUUUUCAUCCAAAGGGGAUUGUUGUUCCAGAUCCCGUUCAGGCAGUCUGCACUCGAUGGGGAAAAGAUCAGUUCGCUUACGGAUCUUAUUCUUAUGUUGCUGUUGGAUCUUCGGGUGAUGAUUAUGAUAUACUUUCAGAGACUGUUGGAGAUGGAAGGGUGUUCUUUGCUGGAGAAGCAACUAGCAAACAGUAUCCUGCAACAAUGCAUGGAGCAUUUCUUAGUGGAAUGAGAGAGGCUGCAAACAUUUUGAGAGUGGCAAAGAGGAAGUCUAAUAGUUCAACGCAAUUCAACACAACAAAAAGCAUCGAUGAAGAGAAUGACGAUUUGAAUAAACUAUUUGUGAAACCUGACCUGAGUUUCGGAAGCUUCUCUGCAUUGUUUCAUCCAAAACCAAAUAAUGAUCUUGAAUCUAGUUCAAUACUAAGGGUUAAAAUUGGAGGAGCUGUAUCAGAUUCUCCUAGUCUUUAUCUUUAUGCACUGCUUUCAAUGAAGCAGGUCAUUGAGUUGAGUCAGGUAGAAGGGGACCAGAACCGGAUGAGAAAAUUAAGUCGUGAUUUCGGGGUCAGUUUAGUUGGGAAAAAGGGUCUAUGUAGCACUGCUGAAUCUCUUAUUGCCAGCAUAAAGUUGUGCAGACCUGAGCUUAAUGAAGCAGAAAAUGGUCCUGUUCAUGGGAAGGAAAUUCUUAGUGAUACCAUGGAAGAAUAGAACCUCCUGUGUCUCCAGUUAACUGUAUUUAAUUUUCAACUAGACCUAAUUAAAUUAUUAAUUUCUAAUUUUCUCCU